AUGGGAGCUUCUGCUGAUGAUUUGCUUGAUUUGUUAGCUCAGAUGGAGCAUUUUGAUAUUUCUUCGAAUACCACGUCAUUUAAUUUGGUUCUUAAGGUUAUGCAUCAGGUUGGUGAAAUGCUUGAUGCUGAAAAACUUUUCGAACGGAUGUUGCAGUCAGGAGAUGAAGCUCUCCCUGAUGAUGAAUCAUAUGACUUGGUCAUUAGAAUGCUCUUUUCAACUGAUCGAAUUGAUGCUGCAUUCAAAUACAUAGAUUUAACUCUGAAACAUGGUAACAUGUUGUCAAUCAAUUUAUUUAUGAACCGUGUGAGGAGUUGUGUCAAACAGGGAAGACUUGAUACAUUGGUGCCAAUAAUUGAAAAGUGUAGGGCAACAGAUCAAAAUAAAGCCCUUUGCCCCUCCUGGAACUUAUGUAUUUUUAUAGCUGAAGACGCAUUUCGAGAGGAUAAUAGCAAGUUAGCCUAUUAUGGACUGGAGUUUAUGGCCCGAUGUAUUGUCAAGGGUGAACGUGCAAGACCUCCUAAGGCGAAGGUUCUAUUUCAUAUACCGACGAUUCCGAGGCCACAAGAUGAGUUUACUAUAAUUGUUAAUAUUGUUGAGAGCUUACUUGAUUAUUACUAUGUUGCCGCCUGGGAUAUAGUAUUUGAUGUUGUUUCAGCUAUGUUUCACAAAUUAGGAAGUACCUUUACUUCAUGA